AUGGAGUUCCCCUCUCCCUCCUGCGAAUUCCAGAGACUCAAUAGGGACCUUCUCUCAGAUAUUAUUGCUCGACUCGAUGGUUCGUCGGUGGCAGCUGCUGCCUGCGCCUGUUCUGAUGUCCGAGAUGUGGCUCAAGACCAAAGCUUAUGGCAACAGCUGUGUCACUCCACAUGGCCUUCCACUGCACUGGAAGAAGCCCAAAGCCUGAUUUCAUCUUCUUCCAUUGGUGGGUUCAACAAAUUCUAUGCUGACUCCUACCCUUUAGUUUUAUACGAUGAUAUCACCAGAGACACCACCGGAAACCAAGUAUGCCCAGGACUUCGCACCUGCGCCUGGCCCUCUGAUUUCGUGUCACUGAUAGACAUCUAUUACAAGAAGAAAUGCAUCCUCUCCAGGGUAGUAGAUGGUAUACCUGAGGCUGUGGAUGUUUAUAAUGACCCAGAAUGCAACUGGGAUGAGACUUCCAAUGAUCAUCAGAUGUGGUUCUCAAAUUGCCCUUUUAAACUGGAUGUAUUGAUCUCGAAGUCCGGGACAGCAAUUGGUGACAAUGAUGAUGAUGCUGCUGCCAGCAACAGGCAUCAAAAUCUAAGAAACCUUCCAUGCUUCUCUAAUGUGGAAGGAAGAUGGAGGGGAGAUUUUUGCAAAGAGCUAGAGGACCUGAGGCUAAGUUGGGUGCUGUUUGACAAGAAAAAGGGGAAAGCUGUCAAUCUGUCGAGCUGGAAGCCAUUGUUGGUACAGAGAAGCUGGCACUCUGGUAUGGACUACAUGCUGCGUUUUGGGUGCAUCGUACCAAUGGAUGAGCAUUUGCUUCCUCACAAAUUGGCUGAAUGUGUGAUAUUGGUUAAAUGCAUGCUGACAGAAGGAGGAGGGCCUGUUAUGUGGAGGGAAAUUAGUAUGAAUGUUGAGGACAUGGCAGGGGCACCUCUCAGUGGCAGGAAGAGUUUGAUGGUUCUGAAUCGGGCUCUAUACUGCUUGCGCAGUAAAAAUCACCUUGAGCUGGAAGAGGGAUAUCGUAGGUUUGAAAGGGAGAAGAGAGAGAUUAAAAGGAGAAAGGAGCUCAGGGAAGCAUUAGCUGAUAGGCUUUGUAUAUCAAUUGAAAUUGCUGUCUUCAUAACCUUUUGUUAUGCUUGUACUAUAUUUUUCUAG